GCUUAGGGAGCCGUUGGCACCGCCCCUUCUCUCUCAGGCGCGGAGACCGUUGAGGCGGGAGCGGGUUGGCGCGGGGGCUGGCGGAGCCGGUCAGUCGCUCUCAGGUAGGUAGUGCUAGACCACCUGCUGUAUGGAAUCUCGUUCUGUAAUAUGGGAGAAGAGGAAGGAGUACACCAAACGCAAUUAUUGGACACAAUGUUUGUACGCGGACUGAAGAGAAAAUGCGUUGAUGGAGAGGAAGAUAUCGAGGGAACUUUAGCUGGCUUUAAAGCCAUCCCUUCUUACAACCUGCAGCGCCAGUCUCUCCUGGACAUGUCUCUGGUUAAACUUCAACUGUGCCACAUGCUCGUUGAACCUAAUCUCUAUCGUUCAGUACUUAUCGCCAAUACGGUACGGCAGAUCCAAGAGGAGAUGACCCAAGACGGGACUUGGCAGAUGAUAAGCGCCCAGAGUACAGGACCGUCCUCUUUGGACCGUCUGGUUUCGACAGACAUUCUCUGUCGUUCUUCAAAAGAGCAACCUGAAGAAAAGCUGGUGCAAGGUUACGGCGGCUUCUCAAAAGACUUUGAAGAUACGCAGAUCUUGAGACCUUCUCCCGUGCAAGCUGCCAGAGACCUUCAGAACAAUGUAUGGGAGAUGGAGUGCCCUGCAGAAAACAGAGGGAACUUCCACAAGUCAUUAGAUCAAAUCUUUGAAACCUUGGAAACAAGAACACCCGAUUCCGUCGAAGACCUUUUUUCGGAAGUCGACAGUUCCUAUUACAAUCUCGAUACUGUAUUGACAGGAAUGAUGGGCAGCUCGAAAAUGGGACACUGCGACGUGCUUGAGACGUUUCCCCAAGCAAGCACCAGUUCUAACUCUAACUGUAAAUCUGACCUUAACGAGCUUGAUCAUUUUGUGGAAAUUCUGGUUGAGUCUUGAGGCAGAAGGUGAAAGCGACAGUCUUGGAGGACGCCAGAUGUGGAGUAGUAAGACUUUCAGAUAGCUUGUCCUUUCGGAACUGCACGUGAUCUUGCAAAAAAAAACCCUUCAUUUUUCAAAGCUGUAUUCAUGUAUAAAAUUAACCUGCAAUUUCUAGUGUCUGAUCUGUAAGUUCCUAUUUCCAGUGGCCACAAUUCACAGAGGUGCACUAAGCAAGAGUUUUUGUCUUCCAGGGCUUUUCAUUUCCUCUUUAAUGUCACGAUCCCCCUUCUGUACUGUGUCACAAACGGGUGAGAAGACUCCUUAGCGUUUCACUAAUGGCUCAACGUCUCCGAAGACACCUUCGGUUGAUCACACUGGUUCUCUGUAUUGUGUCUAUCCAAACCCCCUGCCACCCCCACCCCCCCACAUACACAUUUGGGUUCCAACACUUUGCAAACUAUCUUAGUUUCCUAAUCCUGUCUAGCCUUGAGAAGAGAGGCUUAAAACAUUGCAACAGUAUUUGUUGAUCAUCGUGUCUUCCUGGACAGUUUUACUUGCUGGGGAGACUCAGAGCAUGAAAGGAGUUACAACGUUCUCAGUCAAAGUCUAAAUCCAGUUCAGUUAUAUUCAGACUGAAAACCUUUAGCAACCUUUUCUACUUGCUUCCACUGUUUCAGGCGUUGAUUUGAUUGGUCUGAGGACCAAAAACUUGGUUUCCCUCCUUCAUUCCAAGGAAAUACUUCACUGACUUGUACCCUCUAGCUCUUGAAGAGCUGAAAGUCGUGGUUUCCAGCAUCCCAGCUCAUUUUCUUCCUGUCAUGUUUACUUUCUGCUUUUUUAAAAAUAUAGUUUUAAAAAGUGUUUUAUCAGUGUUCAGAAUUUUUCAGCUAUUUUCUGAAGAUAUAUUUUUGCUACAGAUCUCCCGUCAACUGCUUAUUUAGUAAUCCUGACGUAUUUGCAGUUGUAUUUUUUUAAUCACUUUGACAAAGGGAUUUUUUUCUUGCCACGGGCCUCCCUUAGCUGAAUAAAAGCGUGUAAAUAUACAACUUUAAUGUAGGAUCAGCUGUUGCCAUUCCAUCUUAGAGAGUAGUGUGUGCUUAAGAGAGUGAAGAGAGAGUUGUUCUUAUGCCGCUAUGACAUAGACAUCAGAGGAGGAGCUCUUCAAGAGCCCUCGAUACAUUUAUGCUCCGAUCCAAGUCGCGUGUCUUGUUACCUUCAAGCACAGAUUGCCAGUUUUAUUUAUAUGUAUUUAUAUCAAGCAAACCUUUUUGGAAUCUACCAUCCUGCUCACUCUGUGUUUAGGAAAAGAAAUGUACCUUACUUACUUUGCACUAACUGUUUCAAAACUGUUACAAAGGUCUUCCAGGGGUGUUCUCUAAAGUGAAAUUUCUCCACCUGCCCCAAGAUGUUAAUGUGUGUCUGGCUGAAUCUUGAUUAAUGGAAGUCACAUCAACUGGUUAGUAUUCAGUCCAAAAAAAUAAAGCUAACCUCUAUGUGAGCAUAAAGUGUCUUCUUAAAUAAAAGCAGAUCCGGUGGAAAAGAUGCUUCGCAUCUAAUAAUACUUGCAAUAAAAAUGCCUGUUUUUACAUGCAGGUGGAAAAGAAACUGUGGUGGGGAAAGAGCUACGAGAAGUCCAUGUCUUUUGGAAACAAUGAGGUUUUCUUUCCAGUCUAAACGGUUUUAGCCAUUUUUUAACGUGAAUUUGCAGUGCUCAGAUUUGGAAACAUUGCUUUUUUUGGGAAAUCCCUUCUGGUGACUGACUUUACACAAAUGUUCAAGCAUCCGGCAAUCUUACCUCCCAGCGCAGAGGGUCUCAAAUGCUGCAGUGGCUUUCUCUAAGUGGAAUUGCUGGAGCCAGUAAGGGAGAGCUGUUGGGCAAGCGUUCCCACCACACACAGCCAGAAACAUCUAUUCAAAACUUAAAGAUCCCUGUCUUGUGUACACGUAACUGUUUGUCUUAACUCAGUCCGAAACCCCUCUGUGCAAGCAGCCCCUUCGGAGCUCAAUAGGGCUGCUUGCGAGAAACUGGUUUCUACACUGGGCCCUGUUAUCAUUUUAAAUGCUUUUGAAACAACUGACUUGAAAAAUGGCAUUGUAUGUUUCCCAGUCUUGGCAGAUAAAUGCCUAUUUCUGUAACUUGUGCUUUGUGUCAGACUAUGCGGUUUGUAAGGGGGACCUUUUUAAAGCAUUGGAAAAUGAUUCAUGUCUUUUUAUAUUAAAGUUGAAUAUGAAGAGA